AUGGCUGCUCCAAACGUCCUCAACGCCGUCUCGCGAUGGGCGAUCCCAGUCUUCAUCGGCAUUUCCUUCGGACAAGCCGCCAUCUACGAUGUAAGAGGCGGUUCUCGCGCAGUCAUCUUCGACAGACUGUCAGGAGUCAAGGAUCAGGUGGUCAAUGAGGGAACGCAUUUCCUGGUUCCAUGGCUACAAAAAGCUAUCAUAUACGAUGUCAGGACAAAGCCGAGAAAUAUUUCGACCACGACCGGUAGCAAGGAUUUGCAGAUGGUUAGCUUGACACUUAGAGUGUUACAUCGUCCUGAGGUGCAGAGACUGCCUAAGAUCUACCAGUCCCUCGGACAAGAUUACGACGAAAGAGUCCUGCCCUCCAUCGGCAACGAAGUUCUCAAAUCCGUUAUCGCACAAUUCGACGCCGCAGAGCUGAUCACACAGCGAGAAGCCGUCUCAAACAGGAUACGAACCGACUUGCUUAAGCGAGCUCAAGAAUUCAACAUUGCCCUUGAAGAUGUCUCAAUCACACAUAUGACUUUCGGCCGAGAGUUUACAAGAGCUGUAGAGCAGAAGCAGAUCGCACAGCAAGACGCAGAGAGAGCCAGGUUCACCGUCGAGAAGUCCGAGCAGGAGAGACAAGCAAAUGUUAUCCGAGCUGAGGGUGAAGCUGAAUCCGCUGAUAUCAUUAGCAAGGCGAUCGCAAAGGCUGGUGAUGGUCUAGUGCAGAUCAGAAGAAUUGAAGCCAGUAGAGAGAUUGCACAGACUUUAGCGGCGAAUCCCAAUGUCACCUAUCUGCCAGGUGGUGGCGACGCUGGUGGUGAGGGUAAAGGCAAGAGCACGAGCUUACUGCUUGGUUUGAGGACGUGA